UUCCUGAAUUCACAAAGCUUUGUAAAUUAUCAGUAUCUUUAUCCUGCCCCCCUCAAAUAUAUCAAGCCUCUUAGAACACUUGAACGGAUUACUCUCUCCAGUCUUCCGGUUGUGUCCUGUCCUCCUUUUGUAACUCCCCAGAUUAAUCAUCACUGUUCAUGUUCCACUGUUUAUUUACCUACAUGUUUACCAGCUUAGUUGCUCACCAUUUUUCUUCUUCUCUUUAGAGUUCUGCAAACUCAUUACAAAGUGCCACGAUGCUACUUUUAUUUAUCCUGCUCUGGAUUUUAUGUAAGGAUCCUGGUCUUUAAUCAAGUCUGGAAGCUCUUCAAGAACUGCCUCUCCCACUUCUUUUCUCUCCUUUUGGAAUUCUGAUUGGACCUGCGGGUCUUCUCGCUUCCCUAUUCCUAUCACUUCCCCUUUUAGAAGGUCUAUCACCUUGUUUCUCUGGUUGCUUCCUUUCAAUCCUCCAGUUGCGUGACUUAUCUUCUGCUGUGUCCCAUCUACUUUCUUGCCUGAUCCUUUCAGACUUGAAUUUAAAUAGCUUUUUCAAUUCUAGAAAUUCCUUUGAAAACCUGUGUGUUCCUUUUUAGCAUCUUGUUUUCAAGUUGUAAUCCUCCCGACCCUAGCUUUCUUUCUCUAACCAUGAGCUCCAUGGAGGCGAGGUUUUUGGGUUUACUGCCAUCAUCACCUCCAGCGCCUCACACCAUCGCUUGAAGGGAACGGCCUCCCAGUGUGCUGUGGGAUGACUUAGCAGCAGGGGGAACGGAAAAUGCUGAGCCCCAGACUGGCCCGCGCGCUCUCCCGCUGUCAGAGCUGCGAGUCAGCUCUCUCAACUCCCGGCAGGCUUGCCAGUCAGUCUCUCAGCCCCGGCCUCGGGGAGAUGGGCCGGCCUCGGGGAGAUGGGCCGGCAGCUCAUGACGUCACAGGACUGUGACGCGACCUGGGAGCCCCGCCCCACCCCUCCGCGGUGCUGGCUUGGAGUCCAGCUCUCUGCGCCAUGACGUCACAGGCCCAGGCGGGCGGGUUUUGCGUCGGCCCAAUGGGAGCAGUGCGCCGGCCUCCCCUUUAAGGAAUGUUGUGACCUGACGUCACCCGGGCGAGUUACCUCCCCGAGCCACCGCCGCCAGGCUCAGCUCGAGAACCGGAGCCCUUGAGCGCGAGGCGCGGAGCCCCCGAAUCUCAUCCAGAGCCCCCAAGCCGCGCGUCCCGGAGCCCCGGCCUGCGCGCCCCGCCGGGCCCGCGCGAUGCCCUCGGACCGGCCUUUCAAGCAGCGGCGGACCUUCGCCGACCGCUGUAAGGAGGUGCAGCAGAUCCGCGACCAGCACCCCAGCAAGAUCCCGGUGAUCAUCGAGCGCUACAAGGGUGAGAAGCAGCUGCCAGUCCUAGACAAGACCAAGUUCCUGGUGCCAGACCAUGUCAACAUGAGCGAGUUGGUCAAGAUCAUCCGGCGCCGCCUGCAGCUGAACCCCACGCAGGCCUUCUUCCUGCUGGUGAACCAGCACAGCAUGGUGAGCGUGUCUACGCCCAUCGCCGACAUCUACGAGCAGGAGAAGGAUGACGAUGGCUUCCUCUACAUGGUCUACGCCUCCCAGGAAACCUUCGGCUUCUGAAGCAGCAGCCCCUGCCCAUCUGCCCCUCCCUCACCUGAGGCGCUGCCCCCCUGCCUGGACCUGCCCACCCCUGAAAGACUGGCCCCUGGCUCACCUGGUCUUGACAAGGUGUACGGAUCUGUGGUCAUUGUCCCUCUGCAGAAUAAAGAUUGCUCAGGCCCGCCUGGC